CCACAUGUUCCAUUCCAAUCGUGAGUCACAUGAGUAGCUGCCACUCACUGGGCAAGACUUAAUUAAGCGAGAAUUAAAUUGGUUGGCGGCGAAUGCCUAAAAGUUAUUUUCAUAAACAAAGCGCAGUUGAAAACAAAACGCCAGUGAAACGAACGCGCUAAACGAUUAAACGGAAAAACGGGGCAACUGAAAAUAAAACUACAAAAAAAAAAAAAUAAAAAUAAAUACUUUUAUAAUUUGAUAUUUAUAGAAUACUUUGUACGAAGAGAUUUCAAAAACUAGCACGCAUACAGAAGAAGCGAGUCUAAAGUUCAAUUGGAUAUUGGAUAUUAGAUAAAUAAAAAACCCAUUAAAUAAUGAGCUCGAGUUAACAACUGCUAAUAAUAACGAUAGCAAUAAAGCAACUUUUGAUAGAUUCAACAAAUUGUUGUCAGACCAAAAAUAACCAGAGCAAAAGAAGAGAGAGAGAGAGAGAGUGAGAGCAACAAUAAGGAGUCGAGUACCGUUAGAAUGAGCAACACGGAUGUGGAGCUGGAGAAAGUGCCACGCCUUGGCCUGCGUCACCUGCAGGCGUUGCUGCUUUUUCUAGGCCUGGUUGUCACAACGAUACUGCAAUACAAUGUGGGCGUGGCUGUGGUUGCCAUGACAAAUGCCACAUCCGUUAAUCCCGAGCUGCCCCACUACAACUGGACGGAGCCACAGAAAUCGUACAUUCUGUCCAGCUAUUAUUGGGGCUCGGCAUUAACACAAUUUCCCGGUGGCUAUCUUUGCAAACGCUUUGGCGCCAAGUUGGUUCUCUUCUGGGGCGUCAUUGGAUCGGCCAUGUUAACAGUGUGGACACCACAGGGCAUCUAUAUGGCAAGUUGGAAAGCCUAUUGUGCCAUCCGUUGGCUGCAGGGUCUGUGUCAAGGCGUAACGCUUCCCUGCAUCCAUCAGCACUUGGCCAACUGGGCGCCAGCCGUGGAACGUACACGUUUGGGCGCCUUUGCCUACACGGGCUUCGAUUGUGGCAAUGUGUUGGCCAUGUAUGCAGCCGGCAUGCUGGCCAGCUCCAAUCUGGGUUGGCCAGGCAUAAGCUAUACGUCGGGAGCACUUGGUCUCAUCUGGUGUCUGCUCUGGCUGCUGCUCGGCUCGAAUCGGGCCAACGAAGCGCCGUGUAUUGGCCAGGCCGAGAAGCGUUACAUUGUUGGCGAUUUGCAACGUUCUGCGAGGCGGGAACGCAGAUUGGCAAUACCAUGGCGUGGCAUCUUCACAUCGCCGCCGUUCUAUGCGCUGCUCUGUGCCCGCUGUGCCGACACUUGGGGAUUGGCCACAAUGCAGGCGGAGUUACCGUCCUAUCUGAAUAAUGUUCUUGGCCUGGAUAUGCACAGCAAUGCCUUAUUCUCCGCACUACCAUUUCUGCUGAUGUGGAUGAUGUGCUAUGUCUACCUGCUUAUUGCCGAUGUGCUGCUCCGGCGACGAUGCCUCAGUCUAACCGCACUGCGAAAGACUUACAACAGCAUCGCACUCUGGACACCAGCAGCUAUUAUGUUGGCUCUCGGCUUUGUGGAGUCCACUCAGAAACCAUUGGCCUUGGUCCUGGUCACUCUCAGCGUGGGCGUCAGCAGCGCUGCGACAAUUGGCAGCGAACUCAAUACCAUUGAUCUGUCACCCGUCCACGCCAGCAUUCUCUCUGGCAUUCUGAGCACAUUCACGAACCUUGUGGCACUGUGUACGCCCCUUGUGGUGGGCGUGUUGGUCAAGCAUCCAACGGAUCGUAGCGAGUGGCAGUUGGUGUUCAGUAUUGCCGCCAUGGUCCUCUUUGCCGGCAAUGUCAUCUACCUCAUCUGGGGCACGGCCGAAACGCAGCCAUGGAAUGACAAUGAGUCGAGGCGGGAAUCUGCUGACUUUGAAGAUGCCAAGUUGGAGAUUGAGACCAACACAAAUGCCAAGAAAAUACUUAAUUAAACUAUGUACUCGAUAUCAUAUCGUAGGAUCGUGUUCUGUUAACUUAAUAUACAAGUAAUUUUAGUUAGGUCAGAUAUAGUUAAAGCUGUGAAAAGCGAUGAACUGAAUGCCAAAUAACAAAUUAUUAAUUUUAUUUUUACAAUUUUCACUUUUCUAACACUUUUAUUGCUCAAGUUAUAUUGUUUCCUAAUAGUAUUUAAUAAUUAACAAUUUUCAAAUAUAAAAUAUUUUCG